GAGGGGCGGGGCGUCGCCAUGGCGGCCAAGGGCCGAGCCGGCCAGGCGGCACGGCCGCCGAGAACCGAGAUGAGGUGCUGAGGUGGGAGGAUGAUCUCGCGAUACACGCGGAAACCGGUGCCUCCCGACGCCCUGGGGAUCAGAGGAUUUGCAAAAAAUACCUUAGAACAUCAUCCCCUGCCAGACUCACUGGAUGACAGUUAUACAUCCACUGAAAGCCAGGAAGACGUUUCAAGGUGUGUUAGUGAGUCUGAAAGUACAAAAGAUUCAAAUUUCCAAUCUGUCACUUCAGUGGACAAUGAGAACCCAUGGUCAGCUUGUCAGAGCUUCACAGGCACAUCCACAGAAGACAGCUCAGUCUUUUCUUGGGGCUAUGAUGAAUUUGAUAAAGCUGCUACACGUCAAGUUCAGCAGAUAUUCAGGCAUAUUGAUGAGCUUUUGUAUGAACAAAAAACAAGUGUAUUUGUUGAAGGCCUAGAGGAAGAGUGCCAACAAUGGAUGUCAAGUUUUCCCCAUCUCAGGAUUGUGGGAAAACAAGUAGUGAUUCCUACGGAUGAAGGUUACGGGUGGUAUUCUAGUUCAAUUUGCAGUAACUCGGGUUCAUCAGAGAUGAGCCCAAUGCAAGAGAAGGAUCCUAAUGAGUUUAGUAUUUUGGGUAAAAAGGUUCCCUUUUCUAUUACACCUAUUCAUAAAGAAGAUAACUUUUCAAAGCCUCCUGAAUUGUGUUUAUCGGAGAAUGAAGAAGAAGAUGGAGUGAUUGUCUCUGAGGGCAUAAUGGAGGAGUAUUUCGCAUUUGACUGCAGAGAUGUGGAAGAAGAGUUGCAUGAAAGGAAAAUGGGCCUUUCACCUGACAGACGGAAAUUAGGUUUCCCUCCAAUCACACCAUCAUAUUGCAUGCGGGAUGCUGCUCUUUCCUAUGCAUUUGAUGAUGUGUGGAGUGAAGUCUUGGGCUAUAUGGAGCAGUUAAUCUGUAGACACUGGGAAGGGUCAGUCUCAGAUGAAGAGAAGAAUGUCAUAACUGUAGAAACAAACCGAACAGAUUCAGGAAGCCCUUUUAUGCAGUUUGAACCUUUGCCAUUGGUGUUACCUCGAAUGCCACAAACCAAGAUGCCCUCCAUCACAUCAAAUCAGGCAAAUCUUUCUCAAGGAACAAACAGUGGUCCACAACACAAUUUGAAUGGUUUGAUGGUGAUUCAUGGGAUCCCUUUACACCAAAGGAACUUGCCUCUGAUGGACAAACUAUUAGACUUGGAAGACAGACCGCUUAUGAGGCCAGGCUCCAGCUCCAUCCUAUCAACCAGAGCUCGGGCAAAUCGCCCACUUGAGCUCAGUGCAUCUUCCUUGUCCUAUUCUGCUCAAUCUGCUAGAAGACGUAAUCCACCACCACGUACCCUGCAUCCUAUCAACACCAGCUAUUCUCGCUCAGGGACUCCAAGACCUAUGGAUGAAGUCAUCAGAGGAACACGACUCUCCGCAGCAAGUGAGCAACUGUCAUCGCCUUCCCCAGUCCCACUGAGCCGAAAUAAUCUCCUGCCUCCUAUUAGUGCUGUAGAUGUGGCGGAGCAUUUGGGACCUCAAAAGCAGCUGAAAUCUCAGGGGAGCGGCAGCCGUGCUCGCAGUGCAAUAGCAGAUGAAAUUAACCAUCAACCAAGACAUGAGAGAUUUUUAUUACCAGAUAGUUUCUCCAGACCCAGCACAUCACAUGCAUUUUGGCCAGACUCACAGUAUCGUCGUUCUUGCACUGUUAUUGAUUAUGCUAAUCAGCCACGAAAUAAAGGAUCUGCUGGCACAGAUUCUAUUAACGUAGGAGUGAUGGGAAUCAGUUUAGGGAUAUCUAGCUCUUCAUAUAUUAAUUCUUUCCACCACCAGCCUCUCGGUCUUUUUCUUAAUGAGGAUGAGGAGGACAAAGAAGAUCAUCCUCCACUGGUAGGUCUUCAAUUACAUGGUUCUGUGAGAACUCAAAGCCGAGGUGGAUCUGUCUCAAGAAGCAGACAGGGACUGUAGCAUGUUAUGGGAAAGAGUCAUCCAACUCCAAGAUGAGGGAGCGACUACAGAAGCUUUAAAAAUCAGUGUUCAACCAUAGCAAUAUCAAAUGUGUUUACAGAAGAACCCUAAAUCUUUCUUUAGAGUCUUAUUUUUGUAUAAAGUUAAGAACUGCCAAAGACUAGAGUGUUGCAUCUGAACUUUGUUCCUGUAAAUCAGCUAUGCUAUUCUGUGGGACACUGAAAGUUUCUCUACUGUCUUAUAACCCAUUACAAAAGAAAUCUGGCUCAAUAACCUGAUUCCUAUGGCAGUAAUAAUGCUUAACACUGACUUGCCAGUUAUUGAUAACAGCAAUAUUUAUAAUCAGAUUAGUGCUCAAACACUUCCACUGAUCCUCUAUUUAUAUAUAAAGACAGGUUCUCAAUCUUGAGGAAAAACUACAGAUGCUUAUGCCUGAAGUUGGCCAAGAGGAAAAGCUUAAAGCAUACAGUAUUUACACCUGUAAUGGUAUUUAAGCGUGAGGUACUCCCCAUUCCCUAGGUUAAGUCCAUCCCUUUUCAACCAUUGACUCAGUCAAGACUCAGAGACUGAAGUAAUUCUGUUGACUGGAAUGUACGAUCAGAUUUCCCCUUGUUUUAAACAAGAAGUUUUGUAAAAACUUAUGAGCACCUGUUUCUGUGUAGCAGAUGUUCAGUUUUAGGGUUCUUUCAUUGGUGAGAGAUGCCGUUUAAGUGGAUACACACUUUGUUUUGUAGGAGACAUGCUUACCAGGGUAUGUUUGCUUAGAUAUAGUAGAAAAAGCAUAGCCCACCAUGGAUAUUGCUAAUGUAAUCUUUACAUUAUUCAACUUAACUAAAAAAAAUUAGUUCUAGGUCUUACUAGCUGAAGUAAGUGCCAGACUGCAAAUGUAUAAAGCUUUGUAAAGUGAAGAGCACCUUGUGAUAGAUUCUAGAUACCAUGUAAAAGUUAGAAAAGCCAGGAUGGGAAUUGAUUCUUAUUAAAUUGUAAAAUGUCACUUUUAUAUACAAUAAAGAAAAUAUUUUCUAAA